GGGGACCGCCAGCCUUCAUCCCUGCAGCUGCUGCCGUGCAUUUCAGCCCAGCAGAGAGCAAGGAUGCCAGUUGCUUCCCAAGGAAGAUGCCGUUUCAGUGCAGAAAGAGCAAAGAGGUUCAGGGCGUUCCUUUCAGUGUGUUGAUCCAGAUCUGAGGAGAGGAAGGAGGGAUGCUCCCAUCAGCCCCCGUCCCGCUGUGUCUGAAGGGACGCUGUGUUUUCCCUGCAAGUUUCGGAGAAGGAAGUGGUGAGGUUUGGGCUGGGGCCGCACCGCGUUGCUCCCUUCUAGGUAGAAGGAUGUGUCUUUAACUGAUAUGUGUUACAUGCUCCGUAUGGGUUCACCAGCAAAGCUCAGCGUUCGCUUUUAGCUCUCCCAUCUCACACGCUGAUUCACAGAUGCACCACCACAAGCGAAUGGCAUCGCUGUGUGCACCCUGCGUGUGCCUCCUCUUGUCUGCUGUUAGCAGAGUGAUUUAUGUCCUGCUAUGAGAAGUGCAGGACUCGGGGUUUAAAGCAAACCAGCGUGCAUUCAUAAAGUCACCCUGGGGGGACACAAACUGCGCGCAGCUCCGCGCUGCAGGUAAUGCACACCAGCUGGUUGGUCCAGCAGAGCCUUUGUCAGUCCUUUGCAACACAGAGGAGCCAAAUCUGAUGCCCGUGUGCUCCCGGGGCGUUGCAUCACGCAGGACCCAGGCCCAUGGCGAAACGGAUGGUCUGUGCUGGGUGAUGAAAUCCUUCUUCUUGCUUUCGUUUUCUUGAAACCGUGAACAAUUCUGGUCAGGCUCUUGGUGGGGCAGAGCGGUUCCCAAGCCCACACUGAUGUCACUGGAGGUUUCAGAGCUUUCUUAACCUUAUAACCAAGCCAUAAAAGGAAGAGGGAUAUGCACUGGACAUCCUGUGUUUUGUCCUUGGUAUCAGCUUAAGUAAACCUGGCAGAUUUUUCCUGUUAUUUUGUUAUAACUGCAGAUCACAGGAACAAACAAAAGUGCUUGUGUGAGUUACCUAAGGAACCUUUGCAUGGAAAUGUGAAGCGGCAGCAGAAAGUAAAUCAGUCCUUAAUUAGCUCCUGUGCUUCACAGCUGGGCGGGAUGGUGGGGCUGGGUGGGACCGUGAGGUUGGUGGCUGUGCAAAGCACUGCAGAGCACGGUUAUGAAGGUGUGGGUUCGGGACAGGUGCUGCCCCACCUCCUUUCCCACCGUUGCAGAAAUAAGCAAUAGAAAAGCAGUGCCGUGCACAUCUCUGCAACGUUCCCUUCCCGUGUGCUUCCCUUUCCUCUUUUAACGUCACCUCUGCCACAGUCACUUUGUUUGACCUGAGUGCUCCUCAGGUCUCAGCUCAACCCUCAGCGCUGCUCUUCUCAAUUCACCACCCUGGGCACUCGUGAGGGGUCUUCAGCCCCUCAGUCCCUGGGCAAUGGGAUCCAACCCAUGAGCACCGGGCAUCUCUGCACACUGCUUCCCCAGUGGGUCACUGCACCGACGUGCUGCCGGUGGCACUGCAGAGCUCCUGCUGCUGCCCCUCAGGUGCCUUCAGCACUGAAUAAUUGCAGCACGUCCUCACCAUUAAUUAUACACCUGGCAAUAUAAUAUAUCAUUAGGUGUAUCGCUGAUCAGCUUUGCAACCUGAGGCUUCGGGGGGGGGGGGGGUGGCACUUCAGGCUGUGUCUCACACAGGCUUCUCGGGGCUCGCGGGAUUAAAGCUUUGUCACAGUUCCUCUCUGGGGGUGGGAGGGAGAGCUUGGUAUUCUUCUUGCUUGUGCCGUAGCCUCUGCUUUCCUGCCCGUCCGCACGUUUGUCUGUGCAGCUCACAUGCCUUUACACGAACCCAAAACUCGUACUCUUUCAUUUUUCAUGUGGGUGUAAGAUGUACACAGACUCGUGCACGAACGUUUGUAUAAAGCAUAAACAAAGGACUGGAUAACUCCGGUGCCUGUGCGAGUGAGAGCCCCGGCUCCUGCAGGAGGUACCACGUCCUGUGCACCGCUCGGCCCUCAGCUGCAGCCACACAUCGGCUCCACGCAGUCAGACGGGGCUUUGCUCUCGCGAGGCAGUGGCGCUGGGCAGAGGAGCCCUACCAGAAGCUGGCCAUGGAGACGCUGGAGGAGCUCGACUGGUGCCUGGACCAGCUGGAGACCAUCCAGACGUACCGCUCCGUCAGCGAGAUGGCCUCCAACAAGUUCAAGAGGAUGCUGAACCGCGAGCUGACGCACCUCUCCGAGAUGAGCCGCUCCGGCAACCAGGUGUCCGAGUACAUCUCCAACACCUUCCUGGACAAGCAGAAUGAUGUGGAGAUUCCUUCUCCCACACAGAAAGACAGAGAGAAGAAGAAAAAGCAGCAGCUCAUGACCCAGAUCAGCGGAGUGAAAAAAUUAAUGCAUAGUUCCAGCUUAAAUAAUACCAGCAUCUCGCGGUUUGGUGUGAAGACAGAAAAGGAAGACCAUCUGGCCAAGGAGCUGGAAGAUCUGAAUAAGUGGGGUCUGAACAUAUUUAACGUUGCCAGGUAUUCCCACAACAGGCCGCUCACCUGCAUCAUGUACGCCAUAUUUCAGGAGCGAGAUCUACUGAAGACAUUCAAGAUCUCAUCGGACACCUUUGUAACAUACAUGAUGACGUUGGAAGACCACUACCAUUCAGACGUGGCGUACCACAACAGCCUGCAUGCAGCUGAUGUCGCCCAGUCCACCCACGUUCUCCUCUCCACCCCUGCACUGGACGCCGUCUUCACCGACUUGGAAAUCCUCGCUGCAAUUUUUGCAGCCGCAAUUCACGACGUGGAUCACCCCGGUGUCUCCAACCAGUUUCUGAUUAACACAAAUUCCGAGCUGGCGCUGAUGUACAACGACGAGUCUGUCCUGGAGAACCACCACCUGGCAGUGGGCUUCAAACUGCUGCAGGAGGAGCACUGCGACAUCUUCCAGAACCUGACCAAGAAGCAGCGGCAGACGCUCAGGAAGAUGGUGAUUGACAUGGUAUUGGCAACAGAUAUGUCCAAGCACAUGAGCCUGCUGGCGGAUCUGAAGACGAUGGUGGAAACUAAGAAGGUGACCAGCUCAGGAGUCCUCCUGCUGGACAACUACACGGACAGGAUACAGGUUCUCCGAAACAUGGUACAUUGUGCAGACUUGAGUAAUCCCACAAAGUCCCUGGAGCUGUACCGGCAGUGGACGGACAGAAUCAUGGAGGAGUUCUUCCAGCAGGGAGACAAAGAGAGGGAGAGGGGGAUGGAAAUCAGCCCCAUGUGCGACAAACACACAGCGUCGGUGGAAAAAUCACAGGUUGGGUUCAUCGACUACAUCGUGCACCCACUGUGGGAGACGUGGGCUGACCUGGUGCAGCCGGACGCACAGGACAUCCUGGACACUCUGGAGGACAACAGGAACUGGUACCAGAGCAUGAUCCCGCAGAGCCCCUCACCCCCACUGGAGGAGCGGGGCCAGGACUGCCCCGGCCUGAUGGAGAAGUUCCAGUUCGAGCUGACCCUGGAGGAGGAGGAUUCGGACGGGCCCGAGAAGGAAGGCGAGAGCAUGGGCUACUUCCGCAGCACGAAGAUGCUGUGCGCGGGCAGCCCGGGGGAGGAGGACGUGCAGCGGGAGGCGAACAUAGAAAUUGUGACAGAGGACACGUCUCCCGUUGACACAUAAUGCCCUGCACCCACGUGAGUGGAUUGGAAACGCUUAACGAGCAUGCAAGCGGUCUGGUGGGACUCGCCUGCAGCCUGGGCCUUAGGCCUGCGCCUGACAUUGGCCAACGGAUCUCCGGGUCCACGGGGCUCAGUCAGGGCUCCGACCUCGUGCUGAACAAUGGCUCAGGAAACGCCGUGAGCGACGCUGGGGUGGCCGUGUGAGCUGCGGGCGCCGCGUGGCUGGGGCUGCGGGCGGCCCAUCGCACACCGCUGGGAGAUUCCGUUCCGUGCGCUCCGGGACUGCAACCCGCCGGGCUGAUAGAAACUACUGACCCAUAACUCUGCGUGUCCAACCUGCCCGCCCCACCGCCUGUCUGCAGACCUGUGUGCCUUCUUUGUAAACACCCUCUUGUCUUUCUGAGAUCUGUUCGAUACACGGAGUUCAGCGUAAGCAGCGGCACCGAGUGUUCGGGAACCGACAGAUCCUUUUUGAUUCUUCCUGUCGCAAGAAGCAGUCUUCCUUUUUCCACGGGCAAUACCUGUCACUUUAUCGCGGUUAAUCACUUUUCCAGACUAAGAGAAGGGAUUCCCUCCGUUUCUGCAUUACGGCACUUUCAGUCAGUCCUCUGAAGGCCCCGUUUCAGCCCCCACGUUGCCCACCCCUCUGCCCGGGGCGGCUGCGGCGCAGUGGCACGCAAACAAACACCUUCGUGUUCCGCCUUCCCUCCGUUCAGGCCCACCGUCCUCCUCCUCCCGCACUGCCUUGAGCUCUAACACCUCCAUUACUGUUUAUAACAGUGUAUUUAUUACGUAAUGUAUAUACUGUAAUGUUUUGUAAGUUAUUAAUUUAUAUGAAUUAGCAUCGCCUGUCGGCGGCGAUGUUAAUGGUGUAGAAGACUCGGAAUAAGAGUUGCCUUUUAUUUUUCCUUUUUUUUGUUUUGUUUUUUUUUUUCCUGUUGUUUUCUCGUAACCUUUUGUAUGGCAUAAAGUACAAAACCUGAACACAGCUGAAGAGACAUACGCAACCCAGGGGACGGGGCGGAGGUGGCCGCGUCCUGCCCCAGCCUCCCAGCGACCCAAUGUGAACCUCCAUGACAAAAAUGUGAACUGAUGUAAUGAUUGUGCUGUGAAACUCCUCCCGACGGCGCCGUUGGGCAUGGCGAGCGGUGCCGCUCGGUUUGUAACAUACGUUUCGAGCUUCUGGUCCAACUCGUGACAACUAGUUAAUGACAGUAGCACAGUUGUGCAUGAUCAAUGGGUGUGUAUGUCUGUCGAACACUGCAUUGUUCCAGGUGGUUAUUUUCUUGUUUUCAAAAGUUUCACACGACGUAUGUUAUAGUAUUAUAUAUUGUGUUCAGAUGCAUUCUUAAGAGAUUUUUAUAUGAAGUGAAUAAAUGAAUGCAUGACCCUG